AUGCGAUUUGGGAGAAAAGGGAAGCUAAGCCCUCGAUAUAUUGGCCCUUAUGAAGUUUUGGAGCGAAUCGGAGAGGUGGCCUAUAGGUUAGCAUUACCUACGGAAUUAGCCAAUGUCCAUAAUGUUUUCCAUGUGUCUCAACUUCACAGAUAUGUUCAUGACCCAACCCAUAUCCUUCAACCAGAAACUGUCGAAUUAGAUCAAAACCUUAGCUUUGAGAACCGACCCAUUAUGAUCUUAGAUACCAAAACGCGAAAUACUCGACGCAAAGUUGUGAGGUUAGUUAAGGUAUUAUGGUCGAAUCAGAAAAUCGAGGAAGCCACUUGGGAAGCUGAGGAUGCCAUGAGAAACCGAUAUCCGGAACUUUUUCCUCAGAUUUAUCAACAUGUACAAUCUUAUGUUCCCACAGCGCCUCAUUUCUCACCUGCCAUAUCUGGUAUACUAUUACUGCUAUCACAGCAUACUUUAUCUUCUUCUGUAGUUGAGUGCAUCUGCUACUUCUGA